UCUAUCAAUAUAAGCCGUGUCCAAUUAAGCUCAAAUUUUAGAACCGAAGAUGAAACCGGGAAACCAAACCUCACCGGUACCGUACCCCAAGGUCAUUGCUCACACCAAACCUUUUGAAGCUGAAGAUUUGCAAAAUGGGCUUGGAAAAACGGAUAAGGAAGGCAUUGUGACGCAAAAUUCAAUGCAGAAAUCAGGGAAAAGCAAGAAACGGAGGAAGAAGAAAAUUCCUGUUUUGAAGCAGGCGUCUGAAGAAAAUUAUCUGCAUCCCUUAAAGAAGGAUGUCAUAGAGAUCCAGAAAAGGUUGUACGACCUCCAAGUCUGA